CCUUCUUACGACAAUCUACUUGUAUAUUCUGUCUAGUUGCAUACCACCACCAUGAAGAGCCUCCGCAAGUCACUUUCUAGUAACGGCCACAAAGAGCAGCACAUAUCUAGCCCCCUGCCCUCGUCUCUCUCGAAACCGCUCACUGCGAUUCAGCCACCGAAGAAGGUCAUACGAGCACUCCAGACGCACAAAGCAUCUGCACCACAGGAGCUCUCUUUUGAGAAGGGAGACUUCUUUCACGUCGCCAACGAGGUCAGCGGCGGCGAGUGGUACGAAGCCCACAACCCGGCGACCGGAGCUAGGGGCCUUGUCCCGGUUGCGAUGUUCGAAGAAUUUCAGAAGGGCGCACCCACACCGAAGACACCCGCGAUAUCUUCCGCCAAUCGCCCAAACAGCCCUACAUCAUCCAAGAGCCAAACCUUUUACGCCGUCGUCCUCCACGAUUUCGCUGCGGAACGUGCAGAUGAACUAGAAGCCAAAGCAGGGGACGCGAUCACCGUGGUAGCACAGUCAAAUCGCGAGUGGUUCGUUGCAAAACCGAUAGGGAAACUCGGCCGUCCCGGUCUCAUCCCCGUGUCUUUCGUUGAGAUUCGUGAUCCAACGACAAGACAGGCAGUGCAGGACAUUAAUUCACUUAUCGAUGGAGGGGCUUUGCCUCCCGUGGAGGAGUGGAAACGCCAGAUUAUGGCUUAUAAGGCGAACAGCAUAUCCCUCGGCGUCCUGGACGAUGCCGCCCCGCUAACAAGUUCCUUUGCUUCAGCGGGCAAGAGGCUCGCGUCGGGAAAGGAGCCAUCGUUCGAUGUGCAGGGGCCAACGCCCGUACAGCAUCAUUCAUACCACCAACAUUCUCCCAUCCUUGCGCAUUCCUCCCAUCAAGAACUGCUUCCUGAGGGCGUCCUCAUCUCAGCUGAGGUUAAGUCUUUCCAUUACGAGACCGAUGAAUAUUGGUUCCGCGUACAUGCCCUGUACCAACCGUAUGGACAAGACACCUUGCCGCCCGCCAAGCAGCUCGUUCUCUUCAGGUCGUACAAUGACUUUUACGACUUCCAGGUACAACUACUGGACGCCUUCCCCCCAGAGGCGGGGCGUGAUGGGUCAGAUCGCAUAUUGCCUUACAUGCCCGGUCCUGUUCCUCAUGUCGAUGCCGAGAUAACCGCGACUCGCCUGCAGGAGCUUGACGAGUACCUACGUCUCCUGGCUACACUACGUUUCUCCGCGAGACAUAUUCUGGAGCAUCGGCUGAUCCGGGAAUUCCUUGCGUUGAAGCCCGGAGACGCUAGUCAAGACUCCGUACCGCAAUACGACGAGAUCGAGGCAUUACCUCCUCCCAGCGAGCGCCUCGACGCGCAUCACUCCCACUACGGUGUCGAAGAACGGUUUUCCCGUAUGCGCAUGUCCAACGGCCCGGACUCUGGGUACGAAGAGAACGACACGCUCGGGAGGAGUUACGAUGGUGGCAACCUCGAGUAUAUCUCGAAGAAGUACCCGGCCACGCGCGACAGAGCUGGCUCAAACGCGUCGAUCUCAAACAAGCAUCCAUUGAACAGCACCUCGAUGAUACACUCACGGUCCAGCUCGCGAAUUGACUUGCCCGACACCAGACGAAGCCACUCCUCUCUGGAGAUUGAUCCAUACCGUGCAAAUAGUCACUCGCGCACCUCGCUGGCUUCCUCUCAGAACCCAUCUCCUGUCCGUUCCUCUCACACGCCAUCAAUCGCCGCAUCCGCGUCGAGUCGUUCGCGGGCGAACACUCCUUCGAUAUCAGCGUCAGUGCCGCAGGCCGCGUUCGUCAAAAUUAAGAUCUAUGACAAGGAUGAGACGGUUGCCAUCCGCGUCCAUCCUCGAGUCACGUAUGCACAAUUGUCGGACAAGGUGCAGGCGCGCUUGGGACGAUCACCGAGCCUGCGGUACCGAGACGACAUGAACAACGACUUCUACAUCGAGACUGACGAGGAUUUGCGGCUGUGGAUGGACAGCUCAGAACGGCACGUCCUCUGGGCAGAGUGAUACCCGUUUAGUUCCCGAUUGCAUCCAGCUUGGCUCGAACUGUAGUAAGUCACGGACAAGAUAUUUUAUCAUCAUGCUGCACUUCGUUCUUCAGAUGUAAUCAGUCGUUAUGUAACCCUGUUCUCCGUAUCUGGAGUUCUGUACAC